UUAGCUUCCGGUGCAUUUCAUGGAAUUUCAACAGCUCUGUGAAGCUAAUUUCAGACGUAAAUCACAUGUUGAGUGAGAAGCAAAAUAAUGUGUAAGUACUGGCUCAGAAAGUAAAUUCUGAGAUUUUCCAUCUCUGUGCUAAUGUUAGGUGUCUCGUUUAGGUUAGUCGACUAGUGUGAAUCCGUCAGGUGUUGAUCAUUAAGUUAGCCUUCAGCUUCUUUUCAGACAGAUGACUGAGGUGGAACAGACAGAGUUCCCAAAUCCCAAUGCGGGGUUGUCAGUCAAGGAAGUGGUCCAAGAAAGUGAAGAUGAUGAGAAAACACGGGUGGACGACAAGGAGCUAGUAGAUGAAGAGGAGGAGGAGGAAGAGGAAGAUGAAGAAGCACUACCCCAUUCCGAAUUUCUGGACAUCUUCGAGGAGGGACUUGCUCGGAUCGUGCAAGACCCAUUACUCUGUGAUCUCCCAAUUCAGGUGACGUUGGAGGAGGUUAAUUCACAGGUGGCUCUGGAAUAUGGCCAAGCUAUGACCGUCCGUGUAUGUAAGGCAGAUGGAGAAGUCAUGCCCAUUGUUGUCGUUCAGAACGCCACAGUUCUGGACCUGAAGAAGGCCAUCUGCCGCUUCAUGGAGUUGAAACAGCAGCGGGAGGGUGGAGUCAAGCACAUCAGCUGGAGAUAUGUAUGGAGAACCUUUCAUUUAGUGUUUGCGGGGGAAAAGUUGGAAGAUGACAAAAUGAAACUGAAAGACUACGGGAUACGGAACAGGGACGAAGUGACAUUCAUGAAGAAACUGCGGAAGAAGUGAGGGAGUAAGAACGAUGGGUGAGGAUGGGCCGGCUGACAUGACAUUGAGCCUUCAAACGUCUCUGACAUCAAACCACACCCCUUAAAUCUUCCAUCGUCCAUCUCUAACGACGCCUACAGCAACCUUUUAUAUUUGUACAGAGCACAAAAUGUAUGUCUUUUUUUGUCAUUAAUUUAUGUGAUGCGGGAAAGUGUAUAAAAAUGCAGUCCUUCUGUAUGACUUAUUUGUGUGCCAUGUUUGUAAUUCGAUUAAUGAAGGAAGGGUCUGGUGUGAAAAUAAAGGUGGAUUUUGAAACACUG